AUGAAAUUUCAAUCCGCCCUGCUUCUGGCCGGACUGGCCUCGCCUUGGUUGGUGUCAGCAGCUUGCAAGAAAUGCGAAAGUGCUCGCUACAAGCGGAGACCACGUGUCUUUGCUACGACGGACAUCAGCAACGAACCAGACGAUCAAAUGAGCCUAGUGCGGUUCCUGACUUAUAGCAACGAGUGGAAUGUCCAGGGCAUCAGUGGUGCUACCUCGCAACAUCUGCAGGACAAGGUUGACUCCGACACUAUCCACAAGGUCAUCGACCAUUACGCCAAAGUCGUCGACAACCUCAAUCUGCAUGUCCCGGAGUACGCUCAGUAUCCUACCCCCGAUGAGCUCCAUAACAAGACGUACCGCGGUCACACUGUGUAUGGGCUGAAGGCGUUGGAAAUGGAAAAUCUCAGCGAGGCGGCGGAGGCAUUCAUCGCAGCUGUCGAUAAAGCUGAAAAGGCUGAUCCAGUGUGGUUUUUGUGCUGGGGCGGCUGCAACAUUCUGGCCGAGUCGUUGCAUCAUGUUUCCAAAACCCGGGCGAAGACCGAAGCUGACUCCUUUGUGGAAAAAGUUCGCGUGUACUCCAUCUCCGACCAAGACGACACUGGUUCGUGGCUGCGUGAGCAGUACCCUAAGCUAUUCUACAUUGUGGCGCUUCACGCGUUCGGCGAAUACACGGUCGCAGCCUGGAACGGUAUUUCUGGAGAGCUUUUCCGCAACUACGACAUUGGAGGACCCCCAACGGAACUGCAGACCAACGAGUGGUUGGACGAGUACAUUCGGAUCGGAGAACUGGGCAAGGUCUACCCGCAAUUCCUAUUUACCAUGGAGGGAGACACGCCAUCGUUCUUGGGUCUUAUCCAGAAUGGCCUUGGUGACCCGAACCGCCCGGACUGGGGUGGCUGGGGCGGCCGCAACAAGCUUGUGGACAGAUCCGGGCGGAGCCAAGUCUACAGCACCGUGGCUGACUACCAUCCUGGUGCUGACGGUAGGGGAUAUCAGAGCAUGUUUGUGCCCAUCUGGCGAUGGCGUCGAGCAUUCCAACACGACUUUGCCGCUAGAAUGCAGUGGACAGUCAACAGAAACUAUACUGGCGCGAACCAUAAUCCGGUUGCUGUUCUGAAUAGCACAUGUGGACCAGAGCCGUUCGAGGUCGACUACACCUUUGGCAACUCCGUCGUGCUCGAUGCGUCAGAGAGUUGGGAUCCCGACAAUGACGAGCUCGUCUUCAAGUGGGAGCAUUAUCGCGAGAUCACCAUGAACUUGAGGAGGAAGAUCGAUCCGGUUUCCAAGAAUGUGACGAUCGAAGCUCUCAAUGAAAAGGGAAGUAUCGUGCGUGUGACACCGCUUGCCGACCUUGACAUGCAUAUUAUACUUUCGGUUGAGGAUGAUCGAGACAUGGAACUGACCAGUUAUAGGCGGGUUAUCUUGAAGCGUGAUCAGGCGGCUGUGUGA